AGUUGGUCGAAACAUCGACUUCGCUUGGUAUAUGCAACUUCUCUCCACGGCAACAGUCGAAGAGGUGCAUGUAACUUCUUGAAUAAUACAGUCUCUCAUUGCUUCCUUCAAUUCUCUCUUACCUAUUGAUAGCUUUGAGAGUGUAAGCGAAACGUGCUUAAGCACAUCCAUUUAAUAUUUAUAUACAUUCGUGAAACAAGCUCGUCGCUUCCCUUGUUAUGGGUUGGCAGAUGUGUCUGGUGGUUCAUGGUCCCUUGCGGUGGGGAUGAAAUUCGGAGAGAAAUAUUGACCUGUAUUUGUAAAGGGUUCGUAUGCUUUUAUUUGCUGUCUCAAGUGCUUUUCCUACAAGCCUGAUAGCUUUAAUAUGACGUCAGUAAGCUCCAUAGACUAAGAUAGACGAAUCUAAUGAAUGAUAGUGAGCAGCAUCGAAGAUUAUGGUGCUAGAAAUGUGGUGAAGAUUGUACGAGCAUUGCGGUCCCAGUCACGUUUCGAAUAAUUCAAGGCUUUUGAAGCGCAUGGCUGACGUAUGCUCCUACUUCAAUUUGUUCUGUCUGCACAUCUUAAGAUGAUAGAAUCAGCAAAUUGUGCAAAACUAUGCAUUUUUCAACGAUCUGGUAUGCUUUAGAAAAUAUGAGCUAGUUAUCAUGCUACCUUCACUAUUGGGAUCGACUGCACAUCAGACAGAAACGAGGCUGUGACAGGAGAGCAUUCCACGCUUCGAGGAACAUGGCAACCGUUGUCAUUGACGUAUGUAAACUCUAUCUUGAACUUGUUGGUUCGUCCAGCAGCAAUCUUCAUAACGCAUUCUAGUGGGAAAAUAUCUAGAGUAACUGGUAAUAACUUAUUUAGCACCAGUCAUCCCGUUCGAGAACAAAGACCCCCAAAGUAUGAGCAGUAUUCGUCUGCUGGCGAACCUAGGUCGAUUUGACAUCUGGCAAUAUCAACUAUACGAGAUAAUCAAGAAGACUAUAAAAACCUGUUCUGAGUGUUUCAAAACAUUGUUCGAAUUCGAGGAACCCGGACUUGUCAGCAGAAAAGAGACUGACAAAAUAUUGAUCCAUUCUUCUCAGUGGCUUUCAUUUCAUAUCGUCUUGUAAAACUUGAAUCAAAAUUUGGUACAGAGCACCUGUGAGUGAUGGACAAUUAUUCGUCCAUAGGAUACAGAAAGAGUCGGUACGAAUUUGGUGGGGUUGUCAGCUGACGCCGCUGGAAGGAGGACAGCAGCCAUUAUGUGUUGAUUACGGACAGUUCGCUCUGAGGCGAUGGUAAUAACGUAAACGGUGCUCACGCGCUGGGGUGCGCUAAAAAGGUAUCUGGAAUCAUUUUAAAAUUUCUUCAUGUCACUCCGAGAAUCGUUGUUCAUAGUCUUGCCAUAUCCUAAUAUCCUUCAAUGUGGAUACCCUGCUGGAUCGCGUUAACGGCAAUGCAUUCACUUUGUCAGGUCUCUGUCAGAAGUUACAACGGAAAGCAGCUAAGGUGUCCUUCCCGAUCGCCAAUGUCAAUCCAUCAUUUUAAUUUGAACCAUAAAUUUAACUGACCAUUUAUCAACUCUUCACUAAUAACAAAAUAUUUUAUUAGAACAAUGGUAGAGCAAAUAGUUAGAAUUACUUAAAAAUGCGC